AUGCCGCAAGACCCGAACCUGUACGGCCAGCGGCCGUCCAAGAAGCAGAAGCAGAGCAGUACCAUGGUUCUGUCGGACACGUUGGACUUUGCCUCGCAGCUGCGGUUGCUGAUGGGGACAAAGUCCUCGGCGACGACGACGUCCAAGGCGAGAUCGUCGGCCGUCUCCUCGCCUAGUUCUGCGCUCAGCCCAGUCACGCCGUUGGUUCUGGCCACGUCGGCACCACGGCAGCGGAAAGACGACCCGCUGGCCCACGUGCGCAUCAAGAGGCGGCGACCCGUCAGCGAGCAGCCGGACGAAGAGGCAGGGGGCCACGACACGGACCGCCAAAACCGCCUACGGCUCAAGUCGCCACCCGCCGGAAGUGCAGCCGCUCUUGACGCGGCCGAGCGGGCCCGCGUGCGCCGCCACAUGGAAGCCAAGGCGCGGCGGUACGCGGCCCUGCAGCGCGGCGACUACGUGGCGGGCGAGGGCGACGCGGCACCGCUGGUGGACUUUGAUCGGAAGUGGGCGGAGCGGAGGGACGUUGAAGACGACGGCGACGAGGCAGAGAGCGACGAGCACGACGACGACGACAACGAUUUGGUCGAGUUCGAGGACGAAUAUGGAAGGACACGUCACGUGACCCGCACGGAGCGAAACCGCCUGCAGCGACGCCGAGACCGUGCUGAGCGGGCAGCCCGCGACCUGGAAGAGAUGAGCGCGCGCCCGGCACCAAGGCUGGACGAUGACGGAGGGCGAGGCGAUGGUCGCGGAGGGGUCAUUUACGGCGACGUGAUCCAGACGGAGGCGUUUGAGACGGCCAUGGAUCGGCUGGGCGAAAAUGUCCCCCCCGCGUCCUCGGAGGCCGGAGACACACAUUACCGCGCCGACGAGGACGUCCGCACGCGUGGCGCAGCCUUUUACGCCUUUGCAGCCGAGGACGAGACCGCACGCGCCGAUCAGAUGCAGGCGCUGGCGGCCGAACGAGCACGCACCGAAGCAGCGCGCGCUGUGGCCGCAUCUCAGGCCGGCAGCCGGGCACAGCUGCUCGAUCAGCGACGACAAUUACUCGAUCAGCGGCGGGCCGCCUUGGCCGCUCGCAGAGCUAGCAAGCUCGCCGACAACUUCCUCGACGGGCUUGAGCAGGACCUCCUGAGCAGCGCGAAGCCCGCCGCAGACGCCGAGGAUUGA